AUACACACACCAACCAAAUGGAUACAUAGAAACUUCCAUCAAAAGUUACAAAUAAACUUCUCAAACUUAACCUUGCAACCUUUAUUCAUCUACACCUGCACCAUCUCUCUUUCUUCUCCAGUCAUUAAAGUAUCCACUAGGGUUCAAGGGUACUCUCUGAUCCGGUUCAUAUCAUGUCAAAUCGAUGGUGGACCGGGGGCCAAGUCAACGCCGGAGCCGAAACAUCAUCAGGAGGUUCUCCAGCGAUCAAGAAACCGGAUCUUGGAAUCUCAAUGAACAACAACCCAACUGGAAGUGAAGGAAAUGAAGCAGGUAACGCAAGUGAUGAGCCAAGAGAAGGCGCAAUCGAUCCCUCGAACCGUAGGCCAAGAGGUCGACCUCCAGGAUCGAAAAACAAGCCAAAACCACCGAUUUUUGUCACUAGAGACAGCCCGAACGCGCUGCGUAGCCAUGUCAUGGAGGUGGCAAGUGGGACGGAUGUGGCGGAAAGCAUAGCGCAGUUUAGUCGUAAACGACAGCGUGGUGUGUGUGUUAUGAGUGCUAGUGGAACGGUUAUGAAUGUAACCCUAAGACAACCUUCAGCACCUGGUCCAGUCAUGGCUUUACAAGGGCGGUUCGAGAUUUUAUCAUUAAGUGGAGCCUUUUUACCAGGCCCGGCACCACCUGGAUCCACUGGCCUCACUAUAUAUCUAGCUGGAGGUCAGGGUCAGGUGGUUGGUGGGAGUGUCGUGGGGUCGUUGGUGGCGUCAGGGCCAGUGAUGAUCAUCGCUGCCACGUUUUCCAACGCCACCUAUGAAAGACUUCCCAUUGAAGAAGAGGAGGAUACAGACAGUGUCCCCCGUAGCCAAGGUGGCCUUGAAGGCGGUGCUGGUGCUGCUGGAUCACCAGCACCGCCACAGCUGGGGAUCAGAGAUCCGAACCAGUUGCCAGGAUACAAUAUCCAACCUAAUUUGAUCCCAGGUGGACAGAUGAACCAUGAAGCUUUUGGUUGGGCUCAUGGCCGGCCAGCAUACUAGAGGGUUGGGGAAAAGAGCAAACCCUGUGUAGGAGGCUUUGGUGUACAUAAGGUCUAGAGGAUGUGGGACAACUUGGGUCUAAUGUAUACAUCUAAAGGGUUUGAGGUAAUAUAUUAAAAACUAAAUGAUUAUAUUAUAAUAAUCAUAUGAAUUAUCAAUAGAUAUAUUAUUAGAAUUGUUUUCAGGUAAAUUGUGAUGUUGGAUGCAUUAAGGAUGAUGAUCAUAAUAUUGUAACUAAUGCAAAUAAAAACAAUAAAUUUGGACGUUUGCAUUUGUAUA